CAUUUUGUAUCUGCUAUGGUUGAGCAUUGUAAUGACUUUGCCUUACACUGUACUAUUUCUGCAGGCCUGAAAACCAUCGUGGGAGCCCUAAUUCAGUCCGUGAAGAAGCUGUCAGAUGUAAUGAUUUUAACUGUGUUCUGUCUCAGUGUCUUUGCAUUAAUUGGACUUCAGCUAUUCAUGGGGAAUCUGAGAAACAAAUGUGUAGUGUGGCCAAUCAACAUGAACGAAAGCUAUUUCGGGAAUGGAUCCAAAGGGUUUGACUGGGACGAGUACAUUCAUAAUACAAGCAACUUUUAUUUUGUGCCUGGAGCCAUUGAUGCUUUGCUGUGUGGUAACAGCUCAGAUGCUGGCCAAUGUCCAGAAGGAUUUAAAUGUAUGAAAGCAGGAAGGAAUCCAAACUAUGGCUAUACCAGCUUUGACACAUUUAGCUGGGCCUUCCUGGCCCUGUUUCGCCUUAUGACUCAGGAUUUCUGGGAAAAUCUAUACCAGCUUACUUUGCGUGCAGCAGGGAAAACCUACAUGAUCUUCUUCGUACUGGUCAUCUUUGUGGGUUCUUUCUACUUAGUCAACUUAAUUCUGGCUGUCGUAGCCAUGGCUUAUGAGGAACAGAACCAGGCAACAUUGGAGGAGGCAGAGCAGAAGGAGGCAGAAUUUAAAGCCAUGCUGGAACAAUUGAAAAGACAGCAGGAAGAGGCUCAGGCAGCAGCUAUGGCUACCUCUGCUGGAACAGUUUCGGAAGAUGCUGUGGAAGAUGAUGGGGGGGGUGGAAUGUCUCGCAGUUCUUCUGAUCUGUCAAAACUUAGCUCCAAGAGUGCGAAGGAAAGAAGGAAUAGAAGGCAGAAGUGGAAACAGAAAAGGAGAUCUGAAGGGGAAGAGAAAGGAGACAGUGAAAAGAUUGUGAAAUCAGAAUCUGAUGAUGGCAUCCGAAGAAAGGGCUUUAGAUUCCCAGACAACAGACUAGGGAGGAAAUGUUCUAUCAUGAAUCAGUCACUGCUUAGUAUUCCUGGCACCCCUUUUCUCUCAAGACAUAACAGCCGAAGCAGUAUCUUCAGUUUUAAAGGCAAAAUGAGAGAUGCAGGUUCCGAAAAUGACUUUGCAGAUGAUGAGAAUAGUACAGUAGAGGAGAGUGAAGGCAGACGCGACUCUUUGUUUAUACCUGUGCGACCAAAUGAGAGGAGGAAUAGCUACAGUGGGUACAGCCAAGGCAGCAGAUCAUCACGAAUCUUCCCCGUUCUCCCGCACAAGAGGAACAGCACAGUGAAUUGCAAUGGUGUGGUCUCCCUUAUCGGUGGUCCAGGUUCUACUCUGCCCGGCGGACGCCCUCUGCCUGAGGUGAUAAUAGAUAAGGCAGCUACUGAUGACAGCGCAACAACUGAAAUAGAAGGCAAGAAGAAACAUUCGGGCUCUCUCCUUGUUUCAAUGGACCAGCUGAAUGCAUCUUUUGGAAGAAAAGACAGGGUCAACAGCGUUAUGAGCGUGCUAACUAAUACACUGGUUGAAGAAUUGGAAGAAUCUCAGCGGAAAUGUCCUCCAUGUUGGUAUAAGUUUGCAAACACGUUUCUGAUCUGGGAGUGUUGUCCUCUGUGGAUAAGAAUUAAAGAGAUAGUUAAUCUGAUUGUGAUGGAUCCCUUCGUUGACUUAGCAAUCACCAUCUGCAUUGUACUUAACACCGUUUUCAUGGCCUUGGAGCACUACCCUAUGACAUCUGAGUUUAAUGCCGUACUGAGCGCAGGAAACCUGGUUUUCACUGGAAUUUUCACUGCUGAAAUGUUUUUGAAACUAGUUGCCAUGGAUCCAUACUACUAUUUCCAAGAGGGCUGGAACAUUUUUGAUGGCUUCAUUGUUUCCCUAAGUUUAAUGGAACUGGGUUUGGCAAACAUUGAAGGUCUCUCAGUAUUAAGAUCAUUCAGAUUGCUGAGAGUCUUCAAACUGGCAAAAUCCUGGCCUACCCUGAAUAUGCUGAUUAAAAUUAUUGGAAAUUCUGUUGGUGCGUUGGGAAACUUGACCUUGGUGUUAGCCAUUAUUGUGUUCAUCUUUGCAGUGGUUGGCAUGCAGUUGUUUGGUAAAAGCUACAAAGACUGUGUCUGUAAAAUUAACCCAGAAUGCAUUCUUCCUCGGUGGCACAUGAACGAUUUUUUCCAUUCUUUUCUUAUUGUGUUCCGUGUCCUCUGUGGUGAGUGGAUUGAGACAAUGUGGGACUGCAUGGAAGUAGCAGGACAGGCGAUGUGUCUAACAGUUUUCAUGAUGGUCAUGGUCAUUGGAAACUUAGUGGUGUUGAACUUGUUCCUGGCCUUGCUACUGAGCUCAUUCAGUGCUGACAACUUAGCAGCAACAGAUGAUGAUGGUGAAAUGAACAACCUUCAGAUCUCUGUCAUUCGGAUAAAGAAAGGAAUUGCGUGGAUAAAACUUCAUAUGCGCAGUUUUAUACAAACUCAUUUCAAGAAGCCACCUACAGAUGAAGUGAAACCACUUGAAGAUAUGUAUGACAAAAAGGUGAACUGUAUUGCCAACCAUACUGGUGCUGAUAUUAACAGGGAUAUGGACUAUGCAAAAAAUGGCAAUGGGACAACCAGUGGCAUAGGGAGCAGUGUGGAAAAAUACAUCCUAGAUGAUGAUCAUAUGUCUUUUAUAAAUAAUCCCAACUUGACUGUCAGGGUACCAAUUGCUGUUGGAGAAUCAGACUUUGAAAACCUGAAUACAGAAGAUUUCAGCAGUGAAUCUGAUAUGGAAGGCAGCAAAGUGCAGCUAGAUUACACAAGUUCUUCUGAGGGAAGCACCAUUGAUAUUAAACCUGAAGUUGAAGAGGUUCCUGUGGAACAGGUCGAGGAAUACUUAGAUCCUGACGCUUGCUUUACAGAAGGAUGUGUGGCACGUUAUAAGUGCUGUCAAGUCAGUAUUGAAGAAGGAUGGGGAAAGCCCUGGUGGACACUGAGAAAGACCUGCUUCUUGAUAGUGGAACACACCUGGUUUGAAACGUUUAUUGUCUUCAUGAUCCUUCUAAGCAGUGGUGCACUGGCCUUUGAAGACAUUUACAUAGAACAGAGGAGGACAAUUAGGACCAUUCUGGAAUAUGCUGAUAAAGUUUUCACCUAUAUCUUCAUUUUGGAAAUGUUACUCAAAUGGGUCGCCUAUGGUUUUGUGAAGUAUUUUACAAAUGCAUGGUGUUGGCUAGAUUUCCUUAUUGUAGAUGUCUCUAUAGUCAGCCUUGUAGCUAAUGCCCUGGGCUACUCGGAACUAGGUGCCAUUAAGUCCCUUAGGACACUAAGAGCAUUGAGACCCCUAAGAGCCUUGUCACGAUUUGAAGGGAUGAGGGUGGUAGUCAACGCUCUGGUUGGUGCUAUUCCCUCCAUUAUGAAUGUGUUGCUGGUGUGCCUCAUCUUCUGGCUUAUUUUCAGUAUCAUGGGAGUGAAUCUAUUUGCUGGCAAAUAUGGUUACUGCUUUAAUGAGACAGACGAGGCAAAUGUUGAUAAUGAGCUGGUGAACAACAAAAGUGACUGUGACUACUUGAUUAGUGAAAACUUUACUGGCAUCAGAUGGAAAAUUGUGAAAAUUAAUUUUGACAACGUUGGUGCUGGAUAUCUGGCUCUGCUGCAAGUGGCAACAUUUAAGGGCUGGAUGGACAUCAUGUAUGCUGCUGUAGAUUCAAGAAGGGUUGAAGAACAGCCCAAAUAUGAAGACAACAUCUAUAUGUACAUUUAUUUUGUCAUUUUCAUCAUCUUUGGUUCCUUCUUCACAUUAAACCUGUUUAUUGGUGUCAUCAUAGACAACUUCAAUCAACAGAAGAAAAAGUUUGGAGGUCAGGAUAUCUUCAUGACAGAAGAGCAAAAGAAAUACUAUAAUGCCAUGAAAAAAUUGGGAUCCAAGAAACCACAAAAGCCCAUCCCUAGACCUGUGAAUAAAGUUCAAGGUGCAGUGUUUGACUUCGUCACUCAGCAGGCAUUUGAUAUUACUAUCAUGAUUCUUAUCAUCCUCAACAUGGUGACCAUGAUGGUGGAGACAGAUGAUCAAAGCAAAGAAAUGCAAAACAUUCUGUACUGGAUAAAUUUCAUUUUUAUCAUUGCAUUCACCAGUGAAUGUGUGCUCAAACUUUUUUCAUUAAGGCAUUACUAUUUCACCAUUGGCUGGAAUAUUUUUGAUUUUGUGGUUGUGAUCCUCUCCAUUGUUGGAAUGUUCUUGGCGGAUCUUAUUGAAAAAUAUUUUGUGUCUCCAACCCUCUUCAGAGUAAUCCGUUUGGCUCGUAUUGGUCGUAUUUUACGUCUCAUUAAAGGGGCCAAGGGAAUCCGUACCCUGCUUUUUGCCUUAAUGAUGUCCCUCCCUGCCUUAUUCAACAUUGGUCUUCUGCUGUUUCUAGUAAUGUUCAUCUUUUCUAUAUUUGGAAUGUCUAAUUUUGCCUACGUUAAAAAACAAGCUGGAAUAGAUGACAUGUUUAAUUUUGAAACCUUUGGCAACAGUAUGAUUUGUUUAUUUCAAAUCACAACUUCAGCUGGGUGGGAUGGUUUACUUUUGCCAAUUUUAAACAGACCACCAGAUUGUGAUCUCCAAAAAGAACAUCCAGGGAGCUCUGUGAAAGGAGACUGCGGAAAUCCAUCUGUGGGGAUAUUUUUCUUUGUCAGUUAUAUAAUCAUAUCAUUUCUAAUUGUUGUGAAUAUGUAUAUUGCCAUUAUUUUAGAAAACUUCAGUGUUGCCACUGAGGAGAGUGCAGAACCCCUUAGUGAGGAUGACUUUGAGACGUUCUAUGAAAUUUGGGAGAAGUUUGAUCCUGAUGCCACACAGUUUAUUGAAUACAGCAAACUUUCUGACUUUGCAGAUGCACUGGAGCAUCCUCUUCGUGUUCCCAAACCCAAUACUAUUGAGCUCAUUGCUAUGGAUCUACCAAUGGUGAGUGGGGAUCGGAUUCAUUGUUUGGAUAUCCUUUUUGCUUUCACCAAGCGUGUCCUUGGAGAUAGUGGUGAACUGGAUGUUCUGAGGCAGCAAAUGGAAGAGAGAUUUGUAGCAUCCAAUCCUUCUAAAGUAUCUUAUGAACCAAUCACAACCACAUUGAGACGUAAGCAAGAAGCCGUCUCUGUUGUUGUUAUUCAGCGGGCCUACAGGCGGCACUUAACAAGGCGGGGCUUUGUCUGUAAAAAGAAACCUGACACUACUAAGCUAGAGAAUGGAGGUACCAGCCAAGAGAAAAAAGAAAGCACACCUUCCACUGCAUCCCUGCCCUCUUAUGACAGUGUAACUAAACCCGAUAAGGAAAAACAAGAAAGGGAGGAAAGUGGCAGGAAAGAGAAGGGCAAAAACCAAAAAGACGUCAGGGAAUCCAAGUGUUAACAUGUACAAAUAAUUUAAUUUGCAAGCAAAAGAUUGUUUACAGACUUCACUAUAUCAAUGCAGAUGCAGACAAUUACCUGAAGACCUAUACCAAACAUAAUCCGCUUAACAUGUGAUGAUGUUGCAUCUAAGGCACUGACCCACCACCUGUCAAAGGACCACAGCAGGACCCUCGAAUGAACAUAGGGAUAUAUCACAUUUUUAUACAGGUGGAUACUGCAUGUUUCACAUCAGUCAAUGCAACUGAGAAUAAAAACAAAUACGCUGCUAGGAUCAGUGCACUCCCGAGGCAGUCAAAUGGAUUUUAUUUAUUUAUUUUUUGUUAGUCUUUGUUAUUUCUCAAGGCAGGAACACAUUAAGGUUUGUUUGCUUAUGCAGUAUAUAUCUAUCUAUAUAAAUAUAUACACACACAGAGAUAUAGAUAUAUAUAUAUUUGCAUCCUUACAUUACUUGAGCAGAAAAAAAUGUUAACAUUCAACACUUAGCCCAUGUCAUCCUAUUGUCUUAAUGGUUUCUUUAAAUGCAUAACUUUUCUACAUGGGCUUAACAUGGUUUGGAAAGAGGGGAAAAAUAUCAGUUUUUGUCGGGCUGAGGGGGACUUGCUCAGGCCGAUUCCAAUUAAAAUGUGCUUGUUCAAUGCUUAGAAAUGUUUUGCAUGAUGGCAUGCUGUGAUCAGAAACCAUGCAUGAUGAAUCAUAAACCAACCACAAAACACUAAUACCCUGUCCACGUCAGUGGCUAUGGCCAUAUGUCUGAGGUGUGCCAUUGAAAUAACCAUUCAAUGUAUUUGGACACAAUCUGAUAUAUCACUCCUUUCACAGAUGUAUUUACAAAUAAAGUCUUUCAUAAAGCCUCACAGUGGGAAUAACCAGGGCAGGCGUGGGUAUUAUAUUUUAUAAUUAUCCCUUGGAUAUAAUACAGCCAUUGUUGCACACAAAAAAGUUAAUUGCUUUGAGUCUUCCUAAAAGGAGAACUAAACAGAAAAUGAUUGUGCAUUUUAGUUUAAUGUUAACCUAGGACUAACAAAAUAUUAUUUAAUUCUUUUGCAAUAUUAAUUAUGCAGUCUUCAUGCUGCAGAGAAGACACUUUUGUGUGGAUAAAUACUUGCUAUCUUAGUAGCAUAAUAUCCCUGGAGUGCAAUAUGGGUACUAUAAAACAUCAAGGGUAUUCACAGCAUUGAAACUUGUAACACGAUCAUGCAAACUGAAUAUUUUUUUUGAAUUUCUGAUAGUCAAAAUAAUGAACAUUCUCAUUCUUCAGAAGUGAUGGUUUGCAGACUGGCACUUUAACAAUGCAUGUUUUUUUUUCUUGUUUCUGUAGCCACAAGUAAUAUGUUUAACUAGUUACAACAUUAAAAUUAGCAUAAAUACAAAAAUAAAAUAACACAACAUGUCACAGUGCCAAGAGACAGUGUCAGGUUGUGUUGAUUUAUUUCAUCCAUUAAUGUCAUCCAGUAACUAGAUUUGUAACAAAUCUGGCUUGGAAGUGUCUAAUAUUGGAAUUGAUCUUGGCCUAAAGAUAUGCUUUUGUAAAUCUGUUAUACUGCUGAUUUUUUAUAGAAUGCACCAGAAAAAAUAUCCCUUGUGUUGUUUUAUACAUUACAAGAGAUCCAAAAACUAUUCAUAACGUAAUCGUUUUCGGUGAGAUAAAUGUGCCCACUCAUCUAUCAACAUUGGUGACAGCUUUUUCAAUGCAGAUUGAGUUGCUUGCUUUCUAAGGGAUAAUGCAGUCUUCCUUUUCUGUGUACUGUAUAAUGCUGAGUUGAAUCUCAUGCUUAAGUAGCUUUUCACAUUGCAUUUAGCACUUGUAGAUAAGAAUUACAAGAUUACUGGAUUUUACUAAAUGCAUUGCAAAUUUUAUGUUGAAUUCUUGUUCGAACUAACUUACAGGUGUGUGUCUGCAGUUUGUUGAUAGAACAUACUAUAAUAGACAUUGCAGAGCAGGAGCUGGGUACUUUUGACAGUAUUCUAAGCAACUUUUGUGGUAAUUUCAACUACUGUUUUAGAGAGAGAAAGCCAUUUAAAGAAAAAAGGGCCAGUUUUAUAGUCAAGGCCAUGCUUCCCACAGAAGUAGGAAGUACUUUAACAUUUCUGUUCAUUUCUUUAUGUUGAAUGCUCUUGAAUUUAUAUGGUGCCUGCCAUGUGCUGGGUGUUUAUAGACACCCUGUAAUACCUGCACACCUGUGAGCAUGCAUUGUGUGAGUAAUACAUAGUAGCAAAAUGCAUUCUCACAUGGACCAAAUGAAAUGUAUCUUUAUAUUCAUGAUGCAAAAAUGAACAGCAGAUGACAUGCCAAAGUACAGGGAAAAAGGAUAACUUCUACAUAGAUCAUUUUGUACCAAACCCAACUAUUUUUCAUGGGGAUAAAAAAAAUCAGGCUGCAGAUUGCUGCACCAGGUCAGAGUCUGUAACUGUACAGUCUAGUUACUACAUGACAGCCAUGAUAUCACAAGUGAAGCUGUUGAUCUGUAGAAGAAAACAGCUUAAUGACGAGCCUUUUUUCCUUUUAGAUCCCCCAUUACUGUUACACUAUGAUGUAUAAUAAAAAUACAUGCAUAUGUACAGGCUAUGUUGUAAAUGGCACAAAAUGCUGAAAAGUGUGAUUGAACUUUUUAAGAGAUUACUAUAAAUACUGUAAUAUAUAAUUUUAUUUUAUUGGCAUGCAUUUUGUAAAUACAGAAUACAAAAUUAAACAGAAUGGCUUCUGGCUCAUGCCAUUGUCAUGUAUGUUAUUUUUUAAUUUUGCAUACUGCUAAUCUGUGAACACCCCAAUCGACCUAGAUGAAAUGCUUUGUAAUUAAUGGUAUUAAACAUUCAUUUUCUGGUUAAAAAUGUGCAGUAAAUUGAUUUAAGGUUACUUCUAUGCAAGCUCUGUCUAGACUCUUCAUGUUGGGUUUGGAAUUAAGACAAGCAACGGUUUAGUAUUUUAAGUACCCAUGUUGAUGAUGUCAUGAUGCUACUGGUACACUUAAGCAAGAACAUAUCCCACCUGUUCUGCAAACCAAUCAGAAUCAUGUUUACAAUCAUAAAUCAUUUGAUAGAUAUUUUUUUAGCCAGUCAUGAUAACUUAUUUCUAAACAUUCCAGUACUUCUUAUUUUUCUAAGAGAGUUUCCCUUGCAAGGAAUUUCAAAAGUUCCAGUUCCGAAGUUUAGUUGGAAUAGUCAGUUUUCUCAUCGGGGGUGUGUGUCUAUUGUUUUCUAUAAAAUGUAUCACUUAUUUUAAAUUAAAGCUCCAUUUAAAACCAA